GUAGCGGCCGUUCAGCGUUUCUCCGCUGAUGUUGAAACCAACGAAGUUAGUUCUGAACCGACCGUAGAGCAGAGAGCAGGCAGCCUUCGAUUCUCUCUCCAGGGCCGGAUGGUAAAAUCCAACCUCCAGCGGAUACUAAAUAGUCAUUGUUUUGCUCGCGAAAAAGAAGGAAAAACACAAUUAAACGCCACAAUGGAUGCUUUAAGUAACGUCAGUAAUCUUUCUGACUUGACUGGCAAGCUCUCUCUGCACUGUAGUAGUACCCCUGGUCCGGGGCCUCUGUGGUGUUCCGAUGCCCCUCACCCACCCCUGAAGAUCCCAGGUGGGCGAGGGAAUGGUCAACGGGAUCACAUUCCUGCAGCUCAAGUUUUAUAUUCAGACAGGAAGUUGACGGUGAGCCAGGAGGCGGGGGGAGGGGGGAAACCCACCAUCCUCCACUUCCAGAGCCGUCCCACUGUCUCACGGGUGAUCCACUGGCAGGCAGUGCUUAGUGGCGAGGGGCUGUACGUGGACAUCCCUCAAGGCGCACUGCUGGACGGCAGCAAGGAGAGUUUUGUUUCCCUUUUGGAGUUUGCUGAAGAACAUCUUAAAGUCGUCAGUGUGUUUGUCUGCUUUUACAAGAACAGAGAAGAUUGUGCUAAGUUGGUGCGCACGUUCAGCUUCCUGGGCUUUGAGAUUGUGAAACCAGGCCAUGCCCUCGUCCCACCCAGACCCGACGUUUUCUUCUUGGCCUACAACUUUGACAGGGAUUCCUCCUCCGAUGAAGAUUAGCUCAGUCCUACACCUCCCUAACCCCAGCCCCCCUCCCCCUCCCCCACACCCCUCCCAUGCCCCACUAUACUCAUACCCCCGCCAACCUGCCCCCCCCCCCCUUUUGUUUCUCACUCUGGUUCACAUUCUCCUCCGUUGUUUGUUACACUGAAGAAAAGUAGUUCUAGACAUGUAGUGUGACUGAUUCUGUUCUCUGUUCUCAUGUCCUCUAGCCCCCCUCCACCCCCUUCUGUCUCUAUUCCGUGUUGAAUGGUUUUGUGUGCUUAUUUAGAUUUCAUUGGUAUAACAGAGCAAAAGAGGGACGCUCUUAAAGGGACUUAUUGAGCCUAUUGCGAUUCUCAAAUAUCACAUAAAAAAAAAUGUUUUUUGUCAUUUUGUUGUGAAAAUACUCUUGAAUGUAAAAAAAGAGGUCAUUCAGUUUACAUUUGGGUACAUAAGUGAUAUCAUUUGAUUGGCUUACAAAGAGGAAACGCAAGUGUUUCCCGUUUUCAAUACAGGGUAAGACCUACAGGAUGCUAUAUGGUUGUUUUGGUCUCUCUCGACAGAAAGUUGUAAAAUCUAUGCUCGUGGUUUAGUAACUCGCCUGGAUAGGUCAGCUCAAAGUAAGUGGUAAAUCUUGUCAGAGCAGAGUGAUCAGUGUUUUAUCAGGAAAUUAAAACCCCCAUGUAAAAAACUCACGUGGGUAGGAGGUUUACCACUUUCAGUGAGUUAACAUACUCAAGCUUGGUGACUAAGCACCACUGUCUGGAAGUAACCCCCUGAGGAGUUUAAGUGGUACGUAUCUGCUGGAGUUAUUGCCCUGAGGAUCAGGAGAGUGCAAUGGUAAAUGUUGUCCAUGAAUCAUGACAUGACUGAAACCUGGGGAGUAUUCCAAGAACUGACUCAGUUGUAGUAAACCAGGUAAAGUUAACCUUGAGGUAGUGGUAAUUCAUCUGAUAGAAGGAGCCUGGAGUAAUCAUUUUCAUACGUGAAUGAUGCCUGCAGGCUUUCUAAUAGCAUGUUUAACACUUCCUGUGGGUUAACAAAGCCUGGUGUAUCAGUUAACUGCGUUCUUGAAAUACCCCCCCCUGAGUCUGUGUCCCCUUUAGAGUGAAUGAAGAGAUGAGAUGGGAUGCUAAUUAUGAGUGGAUUUGGUACAAAGCUUGAGAAAAAAAAACAUCCAAAGUGCUUUUGCCUCUAUUGUGUAUGUCAGAUUAUUUCCUCUGGCAGUAUUUCCAUGCUGAUUUUAUUGAUCUCUAGAAUUUCUUUACUUUUUUUUUCUUUCUUUCUUGAGUUUUCUUUUCGACUUAUGGUGUAUACCUGCAUAGUGGUACCUGAUGUGCUUCUGUAAUAAUAAUAAUAAUAAUAAAAACAAUUAGGGGAA